UAGUAGCUGCUAAACACACAGCAACCAAGUUAAAAAAGAGAAAGAAAAAAAUAAUAACAGAACAUUGAAGAGAGAAUAAGAGAGAGAGAGAGAUUGAACACACUCUCUCUUUCUGUCUCUUUGUUCUACAUUGUUAUAGUUAUAGCUGCCAAAAGGGUUGCUCAUCAUCUUUGUCGGUCUACGUAUCGGUGAAUAUCCAAAGGUUGUAGCUUGUGUAGCAGCUACACAUAAUCUUGAUCACAAGCGAUUUCAGAAAACAACCCAGAAUCUAACUCCAGAUGGUGAAAUGCCCUUGCUUGCACGCUUUGAUGAUCUCACUCGCUUAGCUUCUCUUCUUCUUAUUUCUAACCGACUCACUUGUUCUGAAUCAGCGUUUUCAUCUGCACAACUUUCUCAGCAAUGGACUUCAAUGAAAUCUCAGCUCCAAUGUUGUUUUCUUCAGGAUCGUUGAAUACCCUUUUGAGUUCGAUCCUUGGAUUGCCCGUGUUGGAACUGGUGGCAAUCUGUGCCAACUUGACUCUGCUUCUUCUGUUUCUCUUUAUUUUCUCGGCCAGGAAGAUACUUGUGUGUCUGUGGGGAAGAGUUCGAUUCGGUAAGGACAAUACUGAAGACAAUGCCACCUCAAUUCGUGCUAAUGUUGAUGGUGGAAUACAUGACGUUCGAAUAGGUACAUGGUUUAAGUUGUCAGUGUUGUCUUGUUUCUAUGUUCUGUUGGUGCAAGUUUUGGUGUUGGGGUUUGAUGGGGUUGCUUUGAUUACCGGAGGGACUAAAGGGAAGCCUGUGGAUUUGUCUCUUCUUUCUGUGCCACUUGCACAGGGUUUAACUUGGGUUGUAUUAAGCUUCUCGGCUUUGCAUUGCAAAUUCAAGGUUUCUGACAAGUUUCCAAUUUUGUUGAGAGUUUCUUGGUUUUUGUUAUUUGUUAUUUGUUUGUGUACUUUAUAUGUUGAUGGGAGAGGGUUUUGGAUGGAAGGUUCCAAGCACCUACGUUCUCACGUUGUGGCUAAUGUUGCUGUUACCCCUGCUCUUGCCUUCUUGUGUAUUGCUGCAAUUAGGGGUGUUACUGGUAUACAAGUUUGUAGGAACUCUGAGGAUCAACAGCCAUUACUUGUUGAAGAAGAACCGGGGUGUCUCAAGGUUACUCCUUAUAGUGAUGCUGGAGUUUUUAGCUUGGUCACUCUGUCUUGGCUGAACCCAAUUCUUUCCAUUGGUGCAAAGAGACCACUUGAGCUUAAGGACAUUCCCCUUGUUGCACCAAAAGAUCGAGCCAAGACCAAUUAUAAGGUUUUGAAUUCAAAUUGGGAGAGGUUGAAGGCUGAAAACCCUUCUAUUCAGCCUUCAUUAGCUAGGGCAAUUCUCCAGUCAUUCUGGAAGGAGGCAGCUUGUAAUGCCAUCUUUGCUGGCGUCACUACUCUUGUCUCAUAUGUGGGUCCAUACAUGAUAAGUUACUUCGUUGAUUACUUGGUUGGUAAAGAGACUUUCCCUCAUGAAGGGUAUGUCCUUGCAGGGAUAUUCUUUGUUGCAAAGCUUGUGGAGACCUUGACAACUAGGCAGUGGUAUCUAGGAGUGGACAUCUUGGGUAUGCAUGUUAGGUCAGCUCUAACAGCAAUGGUAUAUCAUAAGGGUCUCAGAUUAUCAAGCAUGGCCAAGCAAAAUCACACAAGUGGGGAGAUUGUUAACUACAUGGCUGUUGAUGUUCAGAGGGUUGGGGACUACUCUUGGUAUUUUCAUGACAUGUGGAUGCUCCCUCUGCAGAUUGUCCUUGCCCUUGCAAUUUUGUAUAAGAAUGUUGGAAUUGCUUCCAUUGCAACACUGAUUGCUACAAUCAUUUCCAUUGUUGCCACUGUUCCUGUGGCUAGGAUCCAGGAAGAUUAUCAAGACAAAUUAAUGGCUGCUAAGGAUGAAAGAAUGAGAAAAACAUCCGAGUGCCUGAGGAAUAUGAGGACUCUCAAGCUGCAAGCUUGGGAGGACAGAUAUCGAAUAAAAUUGGAGGAGAUGCGUGGAAUAGAGUUCAAGUGGCUUCGGAAAGCCCUCUAUUCUCAGGCUUUCAUAACUUUCAUAUUCUGGAGCUCCCCUAUAUUUGUUUCAGCAGUCACUUUUGCUACUUCCAUAUUGUUGGGUGGUCAACUGACUGCAGGUGGUGUACUUUCUGCUUUAGCUACUUUCAGGAUCCUCCAAGAACCUUUGAGAAAUUUCCCGGACUUGGUGUCAACAAUGGCUCAGACAAAGGUUUCUCUUGAUCGAAUAUCUGAUUUCUUGCUGCAAGAAGAAUUACAGGAAGAUGCAACUAUUGUUUUGCCACAAGGCAUUUCUAACAUUGCUGUAGAAAUUAAGGAUGGUGUCUUCUGUUGGGACCCUUCUUUAUCUUCUAGGCUUACUCUAUCAGGGAUACAUGUCAAAGUUGAAAAAGGGAUGCGUGUGGCUGUUUGCGGUAUGGUUGGUUCAGGGAAAUCAAGUUUUCUUUCUUGCAUCCUUGGAGAGAUUCCUAAGCUUUCUGGUGAAGUAAGAGUAUGUGGCUCUGCUGCAUAUGUCUCCCAGUCCGCAUGGAUACAAUCAGGAACUAUAGAAGAAAAUAUCCUCUUCGGAAGCCGAAUGGACAAAGCAAAGUACAAGAAUGUUCUUCAUGCUUGUUCACUGAAAAAGGACCUAGAACAUUUCUCACAUGGUGAUCAGACAAUUAUUGGUGAUAGAGGUAUAAACCUGAGUGGUGGACAGAGGCAGCGGGUUCAGCUAGCCCGAGCACUCUAUCAAGAUGCUGAUAUUUAUCUGCUUGAUGAUCCCUUCAGUGCAGUUGAUGCCCACACUGGAUCAGAAUUGUUUAGGGAGUAUAUAUUGACAGCACUAGCAGAUAAAACAGUCAUUUUUGUGACCCAUCAAGUUGAAUUUCUUCCUGCUGCUGAUUUGAUACUGGUUCUUAAAGAAGGCUGCAUCAUACAGGCAGGAAAGUAUGAUGAUCUUUUAGGAGCAGGAACAGAUUUUAAAACUCUAGUUUCAGCUCACCAUGAAGCCAUAGAGGCUAUGGAUAUCCCUUCUCACUCCUCUGAAGAUUCGGAUGAAAAUUUAUCCUUGGAUGCACCUGUUAUGACCAGUAAGAAAUCCAUUUGUUCUGCAAACGAUAUUGACAGUUUGGCAAAGGAAGUGCAAGAUGGAUCAUCGGGUUCAGAUAAAAAAGCAAUUAAGGAUAAGAAGAAAGCAAAAAGAUCAAGAAAAAAACAGCUUGUUCAGGAAGAGGAGAGGGUUAGAGGUAGAGUCAGCAUGAAGGUGUAUUUGUCAUACAUGGCAGCAGCAUAUAAAGGCUUAUUGAUUCCACUCAUAAUAAUUGCACAGGCAUUAUUUCAGUUCCUUCAGAUUGCUAGUAAUUGGUGGAUGGCUUGGGCUAACCCUCAAACAGAAGGAGACCAGCCCAAAGUAACUCCCAUGGUUCUUCUUCUUGUUUACAUGGCCCUUGCUUUUGGCAGUUCAUGGUUUAUAUUUGUAAGGGCUGCUCUGGUGGCUACAUUUGGUCUUGCAGCUGCACAGAAGCUAUUUUUCAAGAUGCUUAGAAGUGUUUUCAAUGCACCAAUGUCUUUCUUUGACUCUACACCAGCUGGAAGGAUCUUGAAUCGGGUAUCAGUUGACCAAAGUGUUGUGGAUCUUGACAUUCCUUUUAGACUUGGUGGGUUUGCUUCAACAACUAUACAGCUUAUUGGUAUUGUUAGUGUAAUGACAGAAGUUACAUGGCAAGUUUUGCUCUUAGUUGUCCCAAUGGCCGUUGCUUGUUUGUGGAUGCAGAAAUACUACAUGGCUUCCUCAAGAGAACUGGUCCGUAUUGUAAGUAUCCAGAAGUCUCCAAUUAUACAUCUUUUUGGUGAAUCAAUUGCUGGAGCUUCCACCAUCAGAGGUUUUGGACAAGAAAAAAGGUUCAUGAAGCGGAACCUCUAUCUUCUUGAUUGUUAUGCACGACCAUUCUUCUGCAGUCUUGCUGCUAUUGAGUGGCUCUGCCUGCGGAUGGAGUUAUUGUCAACCUUUGUAUUUGCUUUCUGCAUGGUGUUACUUGUGAGCUUUCCCCAUGGAAGUAUAGACCCAAGCAUGGCUGGACUUGCUGUGACAUAUGGCCUGAAUUUAAAUGCACGCCUAUCGCGGUGGAUACUUAGCUUUUGCAAACUUGAAAAUAAAAUAAUAUCUAUCGAAAGAAUUUAUCAGUACAGCCAAAUUCCUAGUGAGGCACCAGCAAUUAUUGAAGAUUCUCGCCCUCCAUCCUCAUGGCCUGAAAAUGGGACAAUCAGAAUAAUUGAUUUGAAGGUCCGUUACAAGGAGAAUCUUCCUUUGGUGCUUCAUGGAGUAUCCUGCACAUUUCCUGGUGGGAAGAACAUUGGAAUAGUUGGACGUACUGGUAGCGGCAAAUCUACCUUGAUUCAAGCAUUAUUCCGAUUGGUCGAACCAUCAAGUGGGAGUAUCCUUAUAGACAACAUUAAUAUUUCAGAGAUUGGCCUUCAUGACCUACGAAGCCAUCUCAGUAUCAUACCACAAGAUCCAACCUUAUUUGAAGGGACCAUUCGAGGCAAUCUUGAUCCUCUUGAGGAGCACUCAGAUAAAGAGAUUUGGGAGGCACUAGAUAAGUCUCAGCUUGGAGAGAUUAUACGUAAUAAAAGACAAAAGCUUGAUACACCAGUUCAUGAAAAUGGAGAUAACUGGAGCGUAGGACAGCGGCAACUUGUUUCUCUGGGCCGAGCUCUACUGAAGCAGUCAAAAAUACUUGUACUUGAUGAAGCAACGGCAUCAGUUGAUGCUGCCACUGAUAAUCUUAUCCAGAAAAUUAUUAGAGAGGAGUUCAAAGACUGCACUGUGUGCACCAUUGCACAUCGUAUUCCUACUGUCAUUGACAGUGAUCUAGUUCUAGUCCUCAGUGAUGGUCGAGUUGCAGAGUUUGACACUCCUUCAAGACUAUUAGAGGAUAAGUCAUCCAUGUUUCUGAAGUUGGUGACUGAGUAUUCAUCACGGUCAAGUGGUGGUAUACCAGAUCUUUAGAUCAGAUGGAAUGUACAAAAACCUUCAGAGUUAGUGGUGGCUGGAGCUUAAAGACAGUUCAAAAGUUGAAACAGUGAGUGAUGCCUCACUUGCAUGCCACUGCUGCAUUGGGCGCAUGCAUAGACAAAAAGAAGAAAGGAAGGAACUGAGGUGCGUGUCUCUUCAUCAAUCAAGCACUCCAUAGGGGGAGAAAAUUAGUUUGGUUCUUCCCCUUGAACAAAAUUGAGGAAUAUACACAUAGUUAACAUGCUUUGUAACACAAAAUAAGAUGACCUGUGAUUACAGGAAAGUAAAUAUGGGGGACUGAAUCAGGUUCAAUAAUGUGCUAGAAAGUAGUUUGUAGUAUGAGGCACUAGGCUUUUUCUUAGUUAGAGAAGUGUAGAGUUAAAAGUAGUCUUGUGUAUUCCACAAUUUCUUGUAGCAAGUUCAGAAUUGAGCCAUUGCAAGGUCAGAUUCCAGCACCCCCCACCCC